AUGUCUUACGCGUCUGUCGCUGCUCACAAUGCCCCCCCUCCGGCUCUUCAGCCCAAGCCUGAUCCCUCUCUUUUGACUACCGAGCCUCCCUCACAAGACAACAUCGCUGACGAUGCUGCGAAGCUAAACAUUGUUGCGCCUGACUUUAAGCAGCACCCGGAGACCACAACCUCUACUGCGGGUGUACCUAUCCAGCCCCCUCCUCAGCCUGUCUCUGGUGGGGUACCCCCUACUUCAUCAGGCUCUCAGCCUUCACGUGAAUACCGUGCUGCAGAUGCUGCUAAGCGGUACGUGCAUGAAGCUGAAGAAGAGAGCCUCCACCUUUGGACUGUCGCGAAGCAAUACCUGCUCAGGCCUGGUGUCGCGGGUGGUCUCUUGGGAAUCUUCAACCUUGGACUUCUAUCAUGGACUGGCUAUGCGCUUUACAUGAAACCUAGCCUUCGUCGAGAAACCCGCUUCCUUACUUCGGCUGCCGCUGCGGCCGUGACAAUUCUCGGGGCAGAAGGUUAUGCUGCUGAGAGGUACCGCGAGACCCCAGCCGGCCGCGAGGAGGGACGGAGAGCCAGGGCAGAGGGUGCGGGGCUUUAUCGUGCUGUACGUGUGAACCUUCUACGCCCUGGUGUUCUGGGCGGUCUUUUGGGUCUUCUGAACACCGCUGUUCUUGGCACCGUCGGCUUCUUUGCAUAUAAGCACUGGGAUGCGUCUAGAUGGGACCGUCGAAUUGUCUCCGCAGUUUCCAUUGGCCUUCUUGCCCUCUGGUCCGGCGAAGGAUAUGUUGCCGAACAGUAUAAGACGACACGCCACUGA